GGCAUCCCAGGGUGCCCCGCGGACCGGCGGCGCUCUGGCCGGCCGGGCCUCUCUGGUGUCUUAGGGCCCGGUGGAAACGCGAGCGAAGGCGGCGGCGGCGGUGUCCGGGGCCUGCGGCGGCCCGGACACGUCUCGGGCACUUGCUGACCGGUAGGGCGACGCGGGGAGGCAUGUCAGAGCACGCGACGCCCGCAGCCCCGGGGCCCGGGCCCAACGGUGGCGGCGGCGGCGGCGGUGGCGGUGGCGGCGGCGGCCCGGCCCCCGCGCGCGGACCGCGCACCCCCAACCUGAACCCCAAUCCCCUCAUCAACGUGCGCGACCGGCUCUUUCACGCGCUGUUCUUCAAGAUGGCUGUAACCUACUCGCGGCUCUUCCCGCCUGCCUUCCGCCGCCUCUUCGAGUUCUUCGUGCUGCUCAAGGCGCUGUUCGUCCUCUUUGUGCUGGCCUACAUUCACCUCGUCUUCUCCCGCUCCCCUGUCAACUGUCUGGAGCAUGUGCGGGACAAGUGGCCUCGGGAGGGCGUGCUGCGCGUGGAGGUGCGACACAACUCCAGUCGGGCGCCCGUCUUCCUGCAGUUCUGCGGCAGUGGUGCCCAGGCUGGCUUCCCGGGCCUGGCUGUGGAGCCUGGCGGCAUGCAGCCAGAGGAUGAGGAAGAGGAGGAGGAGCUGACCAUGGAGAUGUUUGGGAACAGCUCGGUCAAGUUUGAGCUGGACAUAGAGCCCAAGGUGUUCAAGCCACCUGCGGGCACCGAGGCCCUGAACGAAAGCCAGGAGUUCCCCUUUCCCGAGACGCCCAGCAAAGUGUGGCCGCAGGAUGAGUACAUCGUGGAGUACUCUCUGGAGUACGGCUUCCUCCGGCUGUCACAGGCCACACGCCAGCGCCUCAGCGUCCCAGUCAUGGUGGUCACCCUGGACCCCACGCGGGACCAGUGCUUCGGAGACCGCUUCAGCCGCCUGCUGCUGGAGGAGUUCCUGGGCUACGACGACAUCCUCAUGUCCAGCGUGAAGGGCCUGGCAGAGAACGAGGAGAACAAGGGCUUCCUGCGCAACGUGGUGUCCGGAGAGCAUUACCGCUUCGUCAGCAUGUGGAUGGCGCGCACAUCCUACCUGGCGGCCUUCGUCAUCAUGGUCAUCUUCACCCUCAGCGUGUCCAUGCUGCUGCGCUACUCGCACCACCAGAUUUUCGUCUUCAUUGUGGACCUGCUGCAGAUGCUGGAGAUGAACAUGGCCAUCGCCUUCCCCGCCGCCCCGCUGCUCACCGUCAUCCUGGCCCUCGUGGGCAUGGAGGCCAUCAUGUCCGAGUUCUUCAACGACACCACCACUGCCUUCUACAUCAUCCUGAUCGUGUGGCUGGCCGACCAGUACGACGCCAUCUGCUGUCACACCAACACCAGCAAGCGCCACUGGCUGCGGUUCUUCUAUCUGUACCACUUCGCCUUCUAUGCCUACCACUACCGCUUCAACGGGCAGUACAGCAGCCUGGCCCUGGUCACCUCCUGGCUCUUCAUCCAGCAUUCCAUGAUCUACUUUUUCCACCACUACGAGCUGCCCGCCAUCCUGCAGCAGAUCCGCAUCCAGGAGAUGCUGCUGCAGACCCCGCCGCUGGGACCCGGUGCCCCCACCGUGCUGCCGGACGACCUGAACAACAAUUCGGGCGCCCCGGCGGCCACCACCUCCUCCUCUGACCCCGCUAGCCAGCCCCUCGCCCUGGGUCCUGGCUCAGCCGGAAGCGGCGGGGUGCCUGGGCCCGGGGUCGCGCCCGUGGCGCCCAGCAGCUUGGGGGCCAUGGCUGCGUCGGUGGCUGGGGGCGACCUGGGCUGGAUGGCAGAGACUGCCGCCAUGAUCACCGACGCCUCCUUCCUGUCCAGCCUGGGCGCCUCGCUCUUGGAGCGGCGGCCUGCCGGACCCUUGAGCCCCAGUGGGGGCCCACCCCGCACCCCCCAGGACAGUGCCCCCCAGAUUCCCCCCUUGGCACCGGACACCACGGCCUCGCCAGCAGCCACCCGGGAUGGGCCCGUCCCCUUCCCCGCCCCCUUUCCCGCCCCCAGGACCCCAGCCGACUCGCGCUCGGAGGUUGGGUCCUGAGCAUAGCAGCUGCCACCUGUCCCUGGUCCCAGCUGGCGGGCCUGACCUCGGAGCCCGUGGUGGGGAGGCAGUCCCUGAUGGGGCCGGGGGGGGGGGGCCCUCCCCAACUGCCCGUCUGCGCUCUGGCGGUGGCUGUGACAUCAGUGAGGUUUGGGAGGCCCGACCUUCCCCGGUGCGCGGGCCCGGCGUGACCUGCUAGGAAGCUGUGUGUGUGGUGGUCUGUGAGGAGCGGAGCGGCCGCCAGAGGCUCCGGAGGGGUUCGGCGGGAGGCGUGGGGCACCUUCCUGAGGCAGGGCCCAGUGGCCGGCCACAGUGGGGAGCGGCUGUCUCGGGCCACGGGGCUCAGCCAGCCUGGCUGCCAGGUGCUCCCCACGCAGUGCCUUUCCGUCCGCCCCUCCCCGCACUCUGCAGCUUGGGGUCCCGGGGCGUGGAGCUGCGCCGUGGGCACGGCCUGCGCCCAGGUGCAAGUGUCAGCAGCACACGCGCGGGGUGGCAGCGGGAGCCAGGCGCUCGGCGAGGAUGAGCGCAGCGUGCAUUCCAUUCUAUUUAAUUGCAGUGUACAAAAUUGUGUUUGUAUAUAGAAUAAACUGUCCGCGGACAGCG